AUGUUUGUGUCCUCAAAUUAUGCGAUUCGUUUAUCUCCACUAAUUGCUAAAUAUUUUACGAGAUGUUCUCUAUCAAAUUUAGUAUUAAAACCAUGGCUAUCAUCACUUGGUAGUAGGUUUAAUUAUACAAUUCAAAGUAGUUUUCAUCAUUCUUCGAAUAUAGCAACCUCAAAAUUCCCUACAGUUUUCUCAAACUUGCAUACACGUUCAUUUCAUACAUCAAGUAAACGAGAUAAAAAAGAUUAUUAUGAAGUUUUAGGUGUACCUAAAACAGCCACAGCUAAAGAAAUCAAAAAAGCUUAUUACAAACUAGCGAAACAGUAUCAUCCAGACACGACCGAUAAGAAAGAUGUUGCAAAUACAAAAAAAUUUCAAGAAGUUUCAGAGGCUUAUGAAGUCUUAAGUGAUGAAACAAAACGAAAGACUUAUGAUGCAUAUGGUAUGGGUGGUGAUCCAUUUAGUUCUGGUCAAGAAUCCUAUCCUGGUAGUAGUUCAGGUCCUCGUCCAAGUGGUGCAAGUCAAGGUGGUUUUCGUGGUUAUGAAUAUUAUCAAGCUCAAGUUGAUCCUGAAGAAUUAUUUCGAAAAAUCUUUGGUGAUGCAUUUAGUCGAGCUGGUUUUGGUAAUCAUGAAUGGAUGGAUGAACCUGAUGAAAAUCAAUUUGGUAGACAAGGUAUAACUCAAUUAGCUCUUGAUUUAACAUUUCAAGAAGCAGUUCAUGGUUGUAAUAAAGAUGUUAACAUACGAAUUGUUGAUGUAUGUCCAACAUGUAAAGGUACUCGUUGUGCAGUUGGUACACAACCACAACCAUGUCGAACAUGUAAUGGUACAGGAAUGGAAACCAUUGAAACAGGUCCAUUUUUUUUACGUGCUACUUGUCGAACAUGCCAUGGUCGACGUGAAACAAUUGCAAAACCAUGUUAUGAAUGUUCAGGAAAAGGAAAAACUAUACAAAAAAAAUUUACAACAAUACCAAUUCCACCUGGUGUGGAAGAUGGACAAGUAAUGAGAGUUAAUCUUGGUGUAUCUGAAAUAUUUGUUACAUUUCGUGUUAAACCGAGUGAAAAAUUUCGAAGAGAUGGAGAAGAUAUUCAUAGUGAUAUUGAUAUAUCUAUUACUCAAGCAACACUUGGUGGAACAGUUAAAGUUCCAGGAAUUUAUGAGGAUCACGUUUUACAAAUUCCACCUGGUACACAAUCUCACCAACAUUUUCGUCUUAUUGGUAAAGGUAUUAAACGUCUUCAUCGUACAGGAACUGGUGAUCAUUAUGUACAUGUGAAAAUAAAAAUUCCUACACGAUUAACAGCUAAACAAAAAGAAUUGAUGUUAUCAUUCGCUGAACUUGAAAAAGAUACGGACGGAACAGUUAAUGGUUCAUCAAAAACUAAAUCAGGUAAAUAA